AUGGCUGAGUUAGCUGAGUUGCCUUUAGAAGUCAUCGAUGAAAUCUUAUCAAGAAUGCCUCUCAUCGGGUACAUCUCUUGUCGACCCAAUCAACCAUCUAUUCUCAGUUUCUUCCAUAUCAACGAGUUGAAAGAACAUACUCCUGAAACUAACUCAGUAAUGGAGUUUGGGUGUCAAAAUUUGUUGAUGGUUUUGGGUUCUUGCAAUGGGCUGCUUUAUCUAUCUCAAAACCAUGGUAAUGACAUGAUCAAUGACAUGACUACUUUGGUUGUGAUAGAUCCUCUAAGGAAAGAACGUUAUGAGUUGCCACCUAUCGAUAUUAUGUUAGGGGAGUAUUUCCAAGAGUCAUGUGGGCUUUGUUUUGAUGAUUCUACAAACACGUUCAAGAUGGUUUGUGUUGUGGUAAGAAACCAUGCAACAUGGCAGAUGAAACUUGCUGACGUGAGGAAGAAUCUUCGCACCAUGGUGCAUGUCUUAGGGACAAAUUCAUGGAUAGAGAUACCUCAAGUUCCAGAUUAUCCGAUAACAGGUGAAGGAGUAUUUAGCCAUGGAUAUGUGUAUUGGUUAGCAGCUUGUGUUGAUGAAUCACCAAAUAAUGAUCCAAGAAAAGUGAUAUGGUUCAACGUGAAGAAGGAGGAAUUCGGGUGGAUUGAUCUUCCUAAAGAAACACAAACACAAGAUGAAUCAUUCAUCAGCCAUCGAUUGGUUGAUUUGCAUGGUGAACUUGGAUACGAAUACAUGUCUAACAACAUUGAGGUGUGGGUGUUGAAGAAGAAGGAAUGGGUGAUUUAUUGUAGGGUUGAUCAGAAGCCACCUUUUCCUCAUCAAGAGAUAAUGGUUUUAGGUCAAUGGAACAAGAAGGGGGACUUGUUAAUGACGAACAAUCCAUGGGAAAAAAACUUACCGAAAAGGUUGUUUGUUUAUGGUCAGGAAAGUGGUGAGACACAUGAAGUAAAACUUGUUGGUUGGGAGAAUGGAUGGGAAGGAGAUAUACGAAUGUAUCAAAGUAGCCGGUUUUCAAUUCAUGGUUGA